AUGGCUGAUAGAGAAAAAAGAGAAGGCCUAAUGCUGUCCAGAAGACUUAUCAUCAUGAAAUUGUGCCCCUUAUUAAUCAUUUAUUUAACCAGAAAAAUUAAUAUAUCACAAGCUCUGCUUCCACAUACAAUGAUGAGUUCUCAUACUCAGAAAGGAUUGGGAAAAAAUAAAGUAUGGAUAAAGCAGAGAAAUGUUGAUAAUAAUGUGCUCACUGAAGUAGUCAUGAAAAGUCACCAAGUUGAUAUCUUAUGUAACUAUGAGCAAUACAAGGUUGCUUGUAUGCUGGCUAGUAGAGAAACCCGUGAUUUGUUACCAUGCAGUUAA